UUCAAAAUCAUCUGAGUGUCUCAGUAACGUGUGGUUACAUUGUAGCUGGAUUUAGUGCCGGAUCUUUAAAGUCGUGUUGGUAUGGUCAGUUUAAAGGAAUAAUUGAGAAUAUGUCCAAUACGGUGGCGCGAGCGGGUUUCUUUGAUAUCAGUCCAACAUGGAAUCCUCCUCGUACAAACGGACACGGCAAAGAAAACGAUGCUAAGGUUCCGGUUCUCAGCUUGGUUCAGUUUUCAAGGCCUCCUUUUGUGACUUUUGGGACGGUAAAGUUGGAAUCAUCCAAAUCUCUAUCCCUAUGCAUUGAAAACCCAACUGAUGAUGCAGCCGUUACAGUGACUGUGGAUAAAAUCCCUUUUUCCAAAGGCUUCUCAGUGGAUCAAACGACCUUCACAAUCCCGCCUGAUGACAGUGUGAUCAUAACUGUAACAUGGACACCUGCAGAAGAAGGUGGUGUGAGAGAACUCCUCAGCUUUAUUGCAAAUGGCAUUGUCAAGCAUCAAGCCAUUUUGCUUGGAAAAGCAGACAGUGCAAAACCCAAAAAGAAAUGUCUAUGGGACACCAUCAAAUCAAAGAGAGUCCCUUCCCAAGGUGGAAAAGUGGCCUCAAUACCAAUCAAAGCAGCCAACAAGACAUUUCGAGUAUCUCGACAGUCGCAAUAUAAAAGGAAUAGAGCCUCAAACCCAUUAACACCAUUAAACCAGGAAAGAACUUCCCAAAGGCCUAUUUACAGAAGGGAGAAAAACUCCCAGUCGGUGUAUUCUGACAUUUCCCAAACUCUACCUAAGGCUCUCUGCGAUGACUUGGGAAGCAUGUCUUCUCAAAACAAGUCUCCAGUUGUUCUGUUGGUGCCAGCUGUCAGAUUUCUUGAUGCUAUGGGCAAGGCAAAUGUCUCUUCUGUACCGCUGCAGAAACACAAAGAAAGCAGAGUGUUGAAUAAGACACUGUCACCUAUUAGUACCCCAGAGAGGUUUUCCAACCCCUCGAUGUCCCACUUUCAAAGUCCUCUUCCUGUUAUUUGUAAACCAUUUAAGGACAGAAAUUCUGAGUCAACGAGACAGAUUUUGUCUGUUAAAGAUGCAUUGGCCGUCAUUAAUUCUGAUCUGUCUUGUCCAGUAAGUCCCCCAACUGCCUGCUCUAGCUUGAAUUUAACAGAUUCUCUGGAGUCUGAUGAUCUAAGCAUGGUUGGUAAACUUGAGAAAGCCUUAAACACUGCUGGAGACGUCUCCCCUCAGGUUGACCUUGCUCAGCAGAGGCUAACUUUCUUUGUCAAAUCCCACAAAGUGCUAGGUGAUGACUCAGGGCCCGAGGGCCUCAUGCACAGCCCUGAAGCUUUCUCUGCCUCAGAUAACAAAUUUUAUAAUGGGAUGAGUGGAGAUGAAUUGAACCAGGAAGAUCCUAAACCCAAGAAGAUCCUGUUUAACUCUUCUACAGUUAUCAAAAGCAAAGCUGGGGCUUCUCCUAAGCACAGUCCAAACACGCACAAAGUAAGAACCUUUAGACGAAGACUUCUGCAGAAAGAAUCUUUGGUUUCUUCCAGUCCAGAGUCAAACUCAAGCUUACUGGAGGGGGUCUUGAUUUUGCCUGCAGUAAACUCUGAUGCAUGCGUUGAUUUGAAAUUCAAUGCUGCACCACCACUACAGGAACCAGAACCAAUGCCUCAACUACCAGAUUUUCCAGAUCAGCCUCCAUCCUCCACUCGCACUGCUGUGCAAUCAGUCCUAACCCAUAAUGUCAAAAACAACACAAGCUGUGCCACCUUUUCUGAUGGUAACACCUUGGACAUUCAGACAUCGCUGUUACGUGUCCCUGAAGACCUGUUUCCUGUGCAUAGCCAUCCAACAAAUCGCAACUGCAAGAGAAAAAGUGAAGAAUAUUUAAGGGACAACUCUGAGUGUUUGUCUAGACCUUCAGAAUUCAAACAAAGCUUUGAGACACAAGAAUGCAAAAAAUCCUGUCAUAAAAACCACUUCAACUCAAAGUAUAAUCAAAUCCAAAGAAAAAGAACUGCAACAAGCUCAAGGAAGUCCACCAAAGUGCCACAGCAGAAGUCCAACCUAAAAUCAACACAAGGAGGACAGUCUUUGAAGUCAUUCGGCUCCUCGAAGGUGAAAACGGCGAAGGUUAUUGCUGUGGCACAAACCCAGCUGAACUUCAUAAAGCCAACGCAGACUGAAAUACCCAGGCAUCCGCUGCCAUUUGCUGCCAAAAACAUGUUUUAUGAUGAACGGUGGAUCGAGAAGCAGGAACGAGGAUUCACAUGGUGGAUGAAUUAUGUGCUCACUCCUGAUGACUUCAAAGUGGCCACUGAAGUCACCAAAGUGAAUGCCUUAUCACUGACUCUGGGAAGUGAGAAGGUCAGCAUCCCCAAAGCCCCAACAAAAGAGGAGAUGUCGUUCAGAACCUACACAGCCCGGCGGCAACUGAACCACGUUCGACGUGCAGCAUGCCAACUGUUCACAUCUGACAAAAUGGCAAAAGCUAUAAAGCGCUUGGAGGUGGAGGUGGAGGCAAAGAGGUUACUUAUUCGGAAAGAUCGACACCUCUGGAAGGAUAUAGGUGAACGGCAGAAAGUUCUAAACUGGCUGCUGUCUUACAAUCCGCUCUGGCUGCGAAUUGGCCUGGAGACGAUCUUUGGAGAACUGAUUUCCUUAGAGAGCAACAGUGACAUCAUGGGCCUGGCCAUGUUCGUACUUGGGCGGCUGCUCUGGAAUCCAGACAUUGCUGCAGAGUUCAGACACCCUAAAGUUCCCCACCUGUACAGAGAUGGACAUGAGGAGACUCUUUCCAGGUUCACUUUGAAGAAACUGCUCUUGCUGGUCUGCUUUCUGGACAAGGCAAAAGAAUCUAGGCUAAUUGAGCAUGACCCCUGUUUGUUUUGCUUGGAUGCCGAAUUUAAGACAAGUAAAGAUCUACUGUUGGCAUUUUCACGCGACUUCCUCAGCGGGGAGGGAAUCCUUCCACGCCACCUUGGCCUUUUAGGUCUUGCUGUGUCUCACAUCCAAACCCCCCUGGAAGAGUUCAACUUUGCUGUACAAAAUCUUGCCACUGAUCUAAGAUGUGGCAUUCGCUUGGUACGCAUCAUGGAGGUCUUAACCCAAGACUGGACCCUGUCGAGUAAACUACGGAUGCCUGUGAUUAGCCGACUUCAGAAGGUGCACAAUGUUGGCGUCACACUGCAGGUGCUCCGUGAGAAGGGGGUUGAUUUGAAAGAUGAGCAUGGAAAUGUCAUUGACCCCAGAGACAUAGCAGAUGGACACAGAGAGAAGACACUUAACCUCCUGUGGAAAAUAAUCUUCUCCUUUCAGGUUGAGAUUCUGCUUGAUCUGGAGCAACUUAAAGAAGAAAUCAGCUUCCUUAAGAAGACCUGGAGAACAAAACAGAAACUGUGUUCUUUAAAAGAUGAUGCAUAUGUUUUAAAGCGCAUGAAAGAAAGGACAACAUUUGAAAAUCCCAGUGAGAAACUGACUUUAUUGUUGGAUUGGGUCAAUGCAGUUUGUGGCUUCUAUGGUUUGAAGGCUGAAAACUUCACGGUGUCAUUCUCUGAUGGUCGAAUCCUUUGCUAUCUUAUUCAUCACUACCAUCCAAACCACCUGAAAGCUGAGGACAUUCAACAGGCAACAUCACAAACGAUUGAGUGUGGCAUUUAUUCUAAACUGGAACUGAACAGUUCUUUAUGUGACUCUGACUAUUCCUUUGAUUCUCUGGAGAAAAAAGAUUCUGUGUUGCCAACUGUGGAUUUCAAAACUCUUCUUGAGAAUGAGCGAAGAAAUUUUCAGCUUGUGAGCUUGGCUGUGUCUGACCUUGGAGGCGUUCCUGCCAUGAUUACUCCAGAGGACAUGUCUAACACAAUCCCAAAUGAAAAGGUGGUAACAAGUUUCCUGUCCUUUCUCUGCACUCGACUUUUGGAUUUCCGGAAUGAGACAAGAGCCGCCAGAGUUAUACAGAGUGCAUGGAGGAGGUACAAGCUGCAGAAAGACAUGCAGAUUAAUCAGCUGCGGAACCAGGCUGCAAAAAAAAUCCAGACCCUUGUGCGUUGCUUCAUGCAGAAAAAAAGGCUGAACAGACAGAAUUUGGCUGCCAUGGUCAUUCAGGCCACGUGGAGAGGUCACUUGGCCUGUGAAGAGUUAAGACAAUUAAGGGAAGCCAAAUGUUUUGCUAUGCAAGAUACUGCUGCAGUCUUAAUCCAGAAAACCUACAGAAAGUGGAGGACACAAAUUCUCCUGAAGAAGAAUCAUGCUGCAGUCGUCAUCCAGACAGCUUUCCGAAUAUGGCAUGCAAGAAAAAUGACACUGAGGAAUUCUGCUGCUGUUAAAAUCCAGACAUGGUUUAGAAUGCAUCAAUGUCAAAAUCAAUACCUGACCAUGAAAGCCAAGGCUGUCUUUAUCCAAGCGUGGUUCAGGGGUAACCAUCAGAGGCACAAGUUUCAAACCCUGAAGAAGCAUCAUCGAUCUGCAGUGGUCAUCCAGAGUACUUUCAGGGCCUUCCUUGUCCGAAAACAGAUAGGUGAGAUGAGGCAAGCUGCAUUUAUUAUCCAGAUGGGAUACAAGGCCUGGUUGUUAGGAAAGAAAGAGCAGAAGCAUUUUAAAGAGAUGAAAUCUGCAGCUGUAAGGCUUCAAGCAGCAUUCAGAGAAUGGAAGGCCAAAAGAGAAAUAUCAAAGCAACACCAGGCUGCUUUAGUGAUCCAGACUGCUUACAGAUGUUUUGUGGCUCAAAAGUCUUUCUUGUCUUUGAUACAAUCUGUGGUGAUUGUCCAAAGGAGGUACAGGGCUAAAAGAGCUGGAGAGCAGUUAAGAAGUCAAUACGUGUCUCUGAAGUGUGCAGCAGUAAAAAUGCAGGCCGCAUGGAGAGGCAAAGCAGAGAGAAAGAGACUCGGCCAACUCCAUCAAUAUGCCACAGUGAUCCAGUCACAUUAUCGUAGACAUAUGGUGCAUACUAAGUUUAUUGCAUUAAAACAGGCUGCUUUAUUCAUUCAAAAACAAUACAAGACUCUUAGGAUAACUAAGGAAAAGCGAACUGAAUUUCUUGAAUUGAAAAAAGCUUCAAUAGUUCUUCAGAGCGUUUAUCGUGGCGUGAGAGUAAGACGAGACAUGGCCAAAAAACACACAGCCGCUACCGUAAUUCAAUCAGCCGUGAGAGCUUUUAUUGUUCGGAAGACCUUUCUUGCUCAAAGAAGUGCUGCCAUUGUCCUUCAGCGACGCUACCAGGCAAAUGUACUUAGACAACUGGAGAGGCACCGUUACCUUCAACUAAAAAAAUCAACUACACUUCUUCAGGCCAUAUGGCGGGGAUGUGAAGUGAGAAGAGAACUGAAAAAAUGGCAUCAUGCUGCUGCAGUUAUCCAAGCCUAUUUCAAAAAGUAUAAAGCACAAGUCUGCUACAUUGCCAUCAAAUGUGCUGCUACCAUCAUACAGCAGCGUUUCAGAGCAUAUCAGUUGAGCAGGAAGACUUGUGCAUCUUAUCAAUUAAUUAAAACAGCAACUGUCACUAUACAGUCAGCGUUCAGAGGAAUGAAAGUUCGCAGAAAUCUUCAAAACAUGCACCAAGCAGCAACAGUUAUUCAGGCACGCAUUCGUGGACACCAGCAGCUGGUGGGGUAUAAGAGACAAAAACAGGCAGCAGCCAUCCUCCAGAGGCGGUUUCGUGCCAACAAGCUAAAGGACAAGGUUGAAAAGCAGUAUAAUGCAAUGAAAAAAGCUGCACUGUGUAUUCAGUCAGCAUAUCGUGCCAUGAGGGUGAGAAGAUGGCUCUCAGAGAUGCAAACAGCUGCAAAGGUUAUUCAGAGGAAAUACAAACUGUACAAACAAUACAAGGAAUAUCAGGCACUCAAACAGGCUGUAGUCUUUGUGCAGCGGAGAUACCGAGCCAAUCUCCUUGCAAACAGGCAACACAAGAAGUUCUGUGCCAUGCAAAAAGCAGCCAUAACUUUGCAGGCUGCGUACAGAGGAAUGAGGGUGAGAAGAGAGAUCAGAAAGAGACACAGAGCUGCCACAGUAAUACAGGCAAGAUACAAAACGCACAGGGUAAGGAUGCCCUUCCAAGCCAUGAGAAUUGCAGCCAUACUCAUCCAGAGACAGUACCGGGUUUACAAGGAAAGGAAGCAGUUCUUGUCCAUCAGAGCAGCAGUGAAGCUUUGCCAGCAAAUAUAUAGGGGCAUUUUGGCUUCAAGACAACAGCGGAAAGCUUACUUCGAAAAGUAUAAUGCUGUGCUUGCAAUUCAAGCAGGUUACAGAGGAAUGAAGGUCCGGCAGCAGAUGCAAAUAAAACAUAGAGCUGCAGUAACCAUUCAGUCCCAUGUCAGAAAGCAUAUAAACCAAAAGUACUACCAAAGACUACUCUGGGCAUCAAGAACUGUUCAGCGAUUCUACCGAGUCAAUAAAAUGAGAAAACUAGCCAUUGAGUCUUUUAAGAAGGAGAGGGCUGCUACUGUUUUACAGGUUGCAUUCCGUGGUUUGAAGGCCAGACAAGCUCUGAGACAAAAGCACCAGGCUUGUACCAUUAUACAGAGUGCUUAUAGGGCUCAUCGUGCUCAGGCAAAAUAUUUGUGUAUGAAAUAUGUCGUUAUUGCUAUUCAGCAAAGAUUUCGGUCUGUACUUGCAGCUCGAAGUCAGAGGGCGCAGUUCCUGAGAUUACGUCAUGCUGCAGUUAUUAUUCAAGCCAACUACAGAGGGCAUAGUAUCAGGAGGGAAAUGAUUCUUCAACAUCAAGCAUCUACAAUUAUUCAGGCUGCUUUCAGAAGACAUAGGGAGCAAACCAAGUAUCGGGCCAUGAGGUUGUCUUCCAUUAUCAUUCAGAGACAUUACAAGUCCUACAUUGAAACUAAAGUAACCCGGGAAAGAUAUUUAGCACUUAAAAAGUGUGUCAUAUGUCUUCAGGCAGCUUAUAGAGGAUAUUUUGUUCGACAGAGUAUGAGAAAAAUGCACAACGCUGCCACUGUCAUUCAGACAGCUGUAAGAAUGCACAAGCAAAGAUUGAUGUUCAGAAGGCAGCAGUGGGCCACAAAGGUUCUCCAGGAGAGAUUCCAAGCUUGGAAACUUGGGCAUCAUCAAAGGCAGAGAUACCAGUGUUUAAAGGAUGCCACUUUGUGCUUGCAGAAAUCAUUCAGAGGUAAAAAGGGAAGGGAACUGGUGAAAAGGAUCAAAGCUGUGAGGACAAUCCAGUCCUACGUAAGGAUGUUUUACCAAAGGCGAUGCUUCCUGAAGAUAAAAGCUGCAGCAGUUACCAUUCAGUGUGCUUACAGGGCACAUUAUCACAGAGUGCAACAAUCCAGGAUGCAAAAGGCUGCAGUAGUAAUACAGCAGUGGUACAAGUCACGUCGGCUGGUCCGGGAUGAGCAAAAGAAGUUCAAAACAAUUCAGAAAGCUGCACUGACAUUGCAGCAUGCAUUGCAGCACAUGUUCAGAAGGCGGCUUGAAAAAAGAAGACUGGCAGCUAUCAAAAUACAGUCUAUAUUGCAUAUGAACUUGUAUCGCAGUCGCUACACCAAGUUGCGCUCAUGUGCUAUAAAACUACAAGCUCUUUACAGGAUGCAUACAGCCAGGAAAAGUUAUCUAAGACACGAGGCUGCUGCUGUUACAGUACAGAUGUUCUACAGGGCACACAGGGCUAAACUGGUACAGAGACACCAGUAUCUUAGAACAAUGGACUGUAUCUGUGCCCUUCAAGCACGAGUGCGUGGAUUUAUUGCAUACAGAAGGUUCCAAAAAAUGAGAGCAAGUGCAGUCAAGAUUCAGGCAUGUUAUCGUGGAAUGGUGGAGAGACGCAAGUUUCGGCAACACAAGCAGUUUGCAUGUGUUAUUCAGAAGCAUUAUAGAGCCCAUCAACUCUGCCAAAGGGAGAGGGCACGGUUCCUCAAAAUGAGGAAGUCUGCACUUCUGAUUCAAAGAGAAUUCCGUGCCUACCGAACAAGAAAACUUGACAUGCAGAGACGAGCUGCGCUAAAAAUUCAAGCGUGGUUUAGAGGAUGCCAUGCUAGACAUACCUACAUCGCAAAACAAACUGCUGCUGCAACCAUCCAUAGAUGUCUUCAAACCAGAUUUCAUCGGUUAAGGUUUCAAGCAAUCCAGCACAGUGUCCGUGUAAUUCAGCAAAGAUGGAGAGAAACUCUGACUGCUAGGAAACGGCGAGCGGAAUUCCUAAGACUCAGGAAAUCAGUUGUUACUGUGCAAGGCCUGUGGAGAGCUUCAAGGGUGAAAAGAUCAAUUGAAAAGGCAAAUGAAGCUGCAAGACUGCAUCGUUUCACUGCUGCUGCUCAUCACCACUUGUGUGCAGUAAAGAUACAGAGGGCACUGCGAGUUCACUGGGCAUUGAAAGUAGCCAAGAAGCAGAUCUCUUCAGUCAUUUAUAUCCAGCGGUGGUUCUUGGCCAGGGUUCAGAGAAGGCGAUAUCUUGAGCAAAGACAGAAAAUUAUCAGGGCCCAGAGAGCAGUGAAGGCUUGGCUUAAUCAUCGCAAUGAAGCAGCCACUCAUAUCCAACACGCUGCCAAAAGGUUCCUUCUGAGACGCAGGAAAGAAAGGCUGCAAAAUGGAAUUGUAAAGUUCCAGGCACUUUGGAAAGGUCAUCGCUCAAGGAAGCUUCAUGACAGUACUAAAGUCAUAUCCAUCAGGUACCGCUUGCGAAAAAUCAACAGAGAGGCCAAGGAAGAAGACAAGCUGUGUCACAAGACUACAACAGCCUUGAGUUACCUUCUUGGAUAUCAAAAUUAUGCUUAUAUUCUAACUGCCUUAAAUCAUUUGGAAACUGCCACCAGACUUUCCCCAGAGAGCUGCGAACAUCUUGUUAACAGUGGAGCGACACGCACAAUCUUCACUUUAAUAAGGAGCUGCAACCGGAGUGUGCCUUCAAUGGAGAUAAUCACGUUAGCAAUUCAAGUUCUUCUCAAUCUAUCAAAAUACAACAAGACCAUAGAUGCUGUUUAUGAUGUGGAGGACUCAGUGGAAACGCUCUUAGAUCUGCUUCAGAUGUACAGAGAGAAAGCUGGGGAUAAGGUUGCAGACAAAGGGGGCAGCAUCUUCACUAAUGCGUGCUUCCUUUUGGUGAUUUUGGUACAGGAUGAAGAACGGGCAUUGGGGGUGAAAAAGCUCCCCAGGGCCACAGACCGCAUUUGCAGGAUCUAUAAGUUAAUGCUUCGGAAAUGCAAAAUAGAUGCACAGAGAACCAAAAUUAAGCAAAGGGUGAAUACCUCACUGAAUGGAAGCUUCCUCCCCCAAGCUACCCCUCAAAAAUCUAAGACAGUACUCAGAUUUGUACCAGACUGGGUUCUUGAAAGAAAGAAGAUGAAGAAUAUUGUAGAUCCUCUUAGUGCCAUCCAAGCAUUGGUUAAAUCUCUUGCCCUUGUACCCUAAGAGCACAGCUAGAUUUAUUGUACUUGUUUGCUUUAUAUUUGCUUUUUUCCUUCUUGUAAAUAUUAUCUAAUGUUUUAUUGCUGUUUAUCACAUCACAUUUGAUUAUCCCUUUUGUACAUUUCUCAUUCUGGGUUUUUUUUUUGCCAAUUUGUGGGCAAAUUGAUGGGUCUUAACAUUCAUGAGCUGUCUUAAAUAUGCACUCAUUAAAACUCUUAAUAUUCCAUCUCUGUAGUUGUAUUGGCAUUGCAGUACUGGUGAAAUAUUUAAUAUUUUUGAAUCAUGUUAAUUGGUCAUGGCAAUGGUCUACAUUCUUACAUGUGUUUUGUUUGUAUGCACUUACUGGAAUGUGUAAAAAUUAAAGUCUAAAUUUGAGUAUUAUUGGGCAAAUCAUCAAUUCCAAAUGAUGAACAUUCUUGUCAUUUUAAUAUAUAUUGGAGAAAAACCCAACAUUAAAGAGUACAACAUCAAAAGAAUGUAUUAUUAUCAUCAUCAACAUGUUGUUUUAUCUGUAAAAUGCACAUACAUAUAAUAUGCGAUCUCCCAUUCUGGUGAAAAUGCAUUGUCCUGGUGCAUGAAGUGGAUUUUUGUCUCAGGAAACUGCUGUGGGAGCCUUGAAUUUGUUGGGAUUUCCUCUCCUGUCCUCUCCAUUUGUAAACAAUACUUCUUGCUGUAGAAUGGUGAAAAUUAUAUUUUGCAGAUGGCUUUAUAACCUUUCCAAGGUUGAUUAGUAGCAAUAAUUGCUUCUAUGAGUUGUCCAUUCUUCGUCAUGAUUUAGACACACCUCCUGAGUGUUCCUCAACACCCAACUGCUCAAAGUUCUACUUUACUAGUCAUAUUCGCACUUUAUUGUUGUGAAUUUUUUUUUUUAACACAAAAACAUGAUUUAGGCAUGAUAAAUAAAAAUGGUUAAACAGGUCUAUGGGUGUAAGAAUCAUUAUAACACAAUGAGGUAAAAUUCAGGUUAUAAAACAAAGCACUUUAUUAGAAAUAGAAAUUGAGCAUAGGCUUACUCAUGCAAAUGUUCAGUCACACUUUGAUUUGAUCUUCCUUGUGUGCCCAUGGGGAGUCAUGUUGGCCGGGUCACAUGGCCCGUGGCAAUCGGCAUACUGUUCCGAUUUCCAAAUUUGGGCAAAGGUGCGUUUCAGUGGGGUUCUGGUGAAUCCUUUAAUCCAAGGGAAAAGUGGAAGAUCAAGCUUCAAUCAAGGUCAAGAUCUAUAUUCCAAGUGCACAGAGGGGUCUGGCUUCUUCAUGUAUUAUUCUUGACUUUUGCGGUGGUAGAGUCAAACUUGCAAGUUUUUUCUGCAGUCUUUCUCUUUUCAUCACUAUGGUGUUAGACAUAAAGGAAAGAAAGAAAUUUAUUUAUCCUUCCCUUAAAGCAUCCUUCCAUCUCUGGGAGACUUAUACCAGGAGAGCUUUUUCACAGUGGGUUAUCUGACGUGCAUAUUUGAUUUGGCACAGGUUUUAUGCCAGAUGCCCUACCUGAUGCAAUCUUCCUAUUAUAUCCGGGCUUGGGACUAGCACUGGCUGGGAAACAGCACAUCUGUGAAAGCUCAGGAUAGCUAUAAGGCCACCGGAGAACUCAGAAUUUUGUGGCAUGUUGGAAAAAUUACUUUUAGAUUUUGGUCCAUAAUGAAACAAAAUAUGAUAAAAAAAAUUAAUGUUAUAUAUGAUUUAUAUAGGCUUCUGGGGGAUUGAUGGGCCGGUUUUCCUUGGGCCCUAAGCUUGGGAGCUAACUUGCCUUACUUAUUGGUCCACUCAGCAACAAAGCUCAUAUAGGUUGUAGUAUUCAAACAAUACUUACUUGUAUUAAGGGGCUCAGCCUGUUCUAGAAAAACAUUUUCCAACAUCAUUAAACAGCACCACCAACCUGAACUGUUAAAACAAGUUUGUUUGGUUCUAUGGUCUCAAGCUAAAUUCUGUACCUACCAUCUGCAUGCCACAGCAGAAGUCAAGAUUCAGGAUACCCACUGUGGUUGUCUCCUGUUGUAGUCCAUUUGCUUUAAGGUUUGGUGUGUUCUGGGAUACUUUUCUGUUCACCGUUGAUUAAUAUAAGCUUCAGGGGAUUUGAUGAGGCCGAUUCCCUGGGGCCCCAAGCAGACAUUUAUUGGUCCAAAGGCAAAAGCUAAUUUUAAAACCUUUACCACUACAGAAUAACUGAAUGUAUCAAUAGUCUAAGCCCCCCAAAAAUCCAAUACAUUUUCACACAAAGGCCAGAAUGGUAAUGUUUUUUUUUUUAAUUUUUUUAUCUAGGCAGACUGAUUAAUCCCUCUCUGGAAUUCCUAUCUAGACCAUAAAUCUAUUAAAUGUAUUGGACUAACACUAGAUAAGAGAUAAAGUGAACCCUUGGGCUGUAGAAUACUGGAAAACUGUCUGUGUUCUGAGAUCUGUCCUUAUAUCUGAGAUUCUUGUUAGUGUUCUCACAAACCUGUGAGUGAAUCAUUGCAGGAUUUAUUGAAACCUACCACAUUCAAUCAGAUUAUAUAAUUGUAAUUCUGGAAGCACAAAAUUCCGCUGUAUCAUAGAUUAAAAGAAAUGUCCACAUAUUCUCCACACACUUCACCAGGUAAGCCUACAUGUGUCUGUUACAACAUGAAUAUAAUAAAAAGCCUGAGGGGGUGUACACAUUUGCAAAAUGAUUUGACCUUCGGAAUCAUCUGAUCACAAAAUGUGAUCAGAUCUUCUUUCAAAAUUAAGUUAUUAUAAUACAUUCAUUUUAUCUAAACAUAUAAUAAAAAGAGCUCUUAAUAAACUUGGAUUUUUGGAUUUGGAAUUCACAGACCUGGCUGAGAAAAUGAUCUAAACCCUUUUAUUAGCAGAACUAGUAGAACCUCUUUUAGCAAUAACAACCUCCACCAAAGUUUGCUGAUACGGCUUGCACAGGCUUGUACAGCCCUAGGGUCAGGGUCCUUUUUCAGGUUGGUAUCUAAAUAUAGUUAAGACUGUACUCAGACUUGAUCAUUAUACAACAUUAAUUUUCUUAUUUUUAAACUGAUCUCUUCUUCAUCUACUUAUGUGUUUUAGAUCACUGUUUUGUUGCUUUCAUUAAGGGCACAUAACUAGGAAUAUGGCCUCUAAUACUGAAAUGCAAUAUUUUCUAGGAAAAGAAUGGCAAACAGAUAAAAUUGUCAGAAUCUUUGUUUUUGUU